AUGAAAGGUUUCCAUGAUUUUCCUCGUGAUUUGAUCAUCGAAAUACUCUCAAGACUUCCUGCUAAGGUUCUCUGCAAGUUCAAGUGCGUCUCAAAACGAUGGAAAUAUAUUUCGGAUGCAAAUAGGGAAAUGAAUAGAAGCAAAGUCACUAUUCAAUUGACCUCUAUAGACAUGGAGGGAAAUGUAACAGAUGAAUUCAGGGAAGUACUUGAUGGACACGUUCACACUUUCAUUUAUUGCUAUCCAUUCAGUAUUAUAUGCUGCAUGUACUCUAUUUAUGUUUGCAAUCCUAGUAUUCGUCAAGUUGUUCGUGUCCCCUAUCCUUCUAAUGCUCGUCUAUAUAACGUAGGAUUUGGACACCUUCCUAAGUCGAACGAGUACAAAAUCUUGCAUUUGUUGUACCAUUCCUUCGUUGGAGACGGAAAAAUUGGGUGUGAAAUCUUUAGUUUUAAACAUGGUGAGGGAGUUGACUCUGGCUCUUGGAGAACACUAGGAGAUUAUCCUUGUAGGGCCUGGAUUGAUGGUCACCCGCUCUGUGUGAAUAAAUCUAUUUACUGGGGACUGGUAGCUACUUCUUGGAAUGACAAGUCUAUUCUCUCGUUCGACUUGGAGAACGAAGAAUUUAGCGUUAUUUCCUAUCCCGUAUGCGAUUCCGAAAAGUACAGCAGCUUGGUAUAUACAAGGGUUAUGGGGUGUUUAUGUCUUGUGGGGUGUUCAGCACGAACAUCAACCUUGGAUAUAUGGUUGCUGAAGGAUGUAAAGAAGAAGAGUUGGGUAAUGGAAUAUAGUAUUAGUCUCUUUCCCUCUAGUGUCAAGUUUUUGGGUCCUUGUGAUAAUCAAUGUGAAGAAAUAUUGAUCCAUGUGGAGCAAAGAGGGCUCAUUUGUUAUAAUGUCAAGAGUCAAACUUACAGAGGGAUUGAAUACAGCAGAGCCAUGGAAAAUUUCAACAAGCCAUAUCUUUACUAUGAUAGCCUUAUUCCUCUACGCUCUGGGACACGUCGAUUUGAAUAG